GCCCUUCCCGGCUCGGCGACUGGGAAUUGCGGCCCCGCGCGCGCUCUCCGCGCUCCCGGCGCCAAGCCCGCGACCCCGCGCGCCGCCUCCGCGGACGCAGGGGCCGUGCGCAUCAUGAGCCGCAUCUACGACGACAGCGCCCUCCGGAACAAGGCGGUGCGGAGCGCGCGGCUGCCGGGGGCCUGGGACCCCGCCGCCCACCAGGGGGGAAAUGGCGUCCUGCUGGAGGGAGAACUGCUGGACGUGUCUCGGCACAGCAUCUUGGAUGCCCGUGGCAGGAAGGAGCGCUACUACGUGCUCUACAUCCGGCCCAGUCGCAUCCAUCGCCGGAAGUUCGACCCCAAGGGAAACGAAAUCGAGCCCAACUUCAGUGCCACCAAGAAGGUGAACACGGGCUUCCUCAUGUCGUCCUACAAGGUGGAAGCUGCGGGGGACACGGACAGACUCACGCCCGAGGCGCUGAAGAGCCUGGUGCAAAAGCCAGAACUGCUUGCGCUGACGGAGAGCCUCACCCCCGACCAGACGGUGGCGUUCUGGAUGCCCGAGUCAGAGAUGGGGGCGAUGGAGCUCGAGCUGGGGAUCGGGGUACGGCUGAAAACCCGAGGCGACGGCCCCUUCCUGGAGUCAUUAGCCAAACUUGAGGCUGGAACAGUGACCAAGUGUAAUUUCGCUGGUGAUGGAAAGACAGGAGCAUCCUGGACGGACAACAUCAUGGCCCAAAAGUCUUCGGAGGGGGCCACGGCGGAGAUCCGAGAGCAGGGGGACGGGGCGGAGGACGAGGAGUGGGAUGACUGAGGUCGCCUCUGGGUCCCACCAGCGCUGCUGAGAAUUUCUUCCAUCAACAUCUACUCUGGAGCUCGGCUUACCUGGUUCUUCCCUACAGCCACCAUGGAAUACCCUUUGAAUAAGCGUUGCAAAAACCAAAUCCCAGACCAUGACAUGAGCAGUGGGGGCCCCAUGCUGUGGCUCAUGCAGGGCCCGUCUCUAGGUAUUUUCACGGUGGCCCUUGCCCUGAGUGGCAGCCUUGUUUCUAGAGGCAGGCAGUGGAUGGGUCCCCCCGGGGCAGUCAGAGGAAUAGAACUUGGUCUUGGCGUAGACUUGGGGAAUGUCCCUCAUCUGCAUGCAGAAUGGCUCAGGUGUUCCUUCCUCUGUCCUUGUUGUAUUUCUUGCCUUCCCUGCACACCUGUCGCUUUUCCCCAGUGCCCAGUGGUGUAGCCUCUGCUCUCCCGUUCACACCUCCCUUUCCCCCAUGUGCCCUUUUCUUCCCCUACAGCUGCCAAUUCUUUAUCCCCCCUCUGGUCCUCUGCCACACGGGGGGCUCCUGUCUCCUGACCUCCCUGGCUGCUUUCCUGGGGCUGCUCUCGGAGGCCUAGCGUAUUCACAGGUAUGGCUGGCUGAUCCCGACCUUUCAGACUCACUCUACCAGGCCACAUUUUGAUAACAUCUUUGUCUUCAUUUUUUGUACUUUGAGAACUUUUUAUGAAUGAGUAAAUUUUCAGAAAAGGAUUCCUUUCCGCUGACUGGGUUACGUCAGGUGUGAACAGUCUUCCAACUGAGCAGUGAUCCUGUAAGAAGGAAGCCGUGUCUUUCUGAUCAUGAACAUUUCCUUGCUGGGUAAUGAGCCCACACCCAGAUCUGUGACGAGAUGUGGAAUUGACUUCUACACGUCCCAAGAAUGGGCACAGACGUGGUGGCAUGUGGGUCCUGCUUGCCUCGGGGACAAGAGGGGGCGGCGACGAGCCCCCUGAUGUAUCAAACACAGCACUAGAUGCUUUCCGUGAUAAUAAUUACAGCCCGCUUCCUGAUGCUAGUACAGAUGUCCCCCGCUUUAAGAAAGUUCGUGUUAUGACCCUUGCCUCUUAUGACAGACCUACCUUAGUACCUGUUUUUGCUAACCGAAAGCAAUCUGAAGAGGGUUUUCAUUUUUGUGAAAAAAGGCAAAAACUGAAAGUUGUGUUCAGCAUUUGUUUUGCAGCCAGCCGUUACAGAGGCUGGGCACACCCCAAGCAGCGAGAGUGGCCCCAUGAGUCUCCUUCCCUGGGAAUGACACUCGGCAUCCAGCCCCCAUAGCUUUGAACUGUCUAUGAGCACCUGCUUCACCUCAGUCGAUGAUGUGCAUGCGUUAGCGAGAUGCGCCCUAAGGUUUCAGGAAAGCCUAAGUGAAUGCUCAAAAAAUUUCCCAUUGUUUCUUCACUUUCUACCAUUUCAGUUUAUAAAAAGUUUCAUAGGAUUGCUGUACUUUUUGCAUAGUGGGGGAAACUUGUAUUUGCUCGGCGCUGGCAAAAUCUUACUUACUUUUCACAGCAAUCCCAUGAGGUACCUGUGAUUAUUGUUUAAGGUGCAUGUGAUUAUUAUUCCCGUUUUGUUUUUUUUGGGUUUUUUUUUUUUUUUGUAUGAUUUUGAAGCUUACAGGCUCCAUUCGUAGUAUAUAGAGGAGAGAGGACUUUAAACCCAGGCACUCAGAUUUCAAACUCUGUAUUCUUUACUGGCUUAUUCUGCUUCCACAUGUAUGUAACAGGGAAGAGAGGGGGCUUCAGAGAGGUUGAAGCAACUGGCCCAGAGUCACAGCUAAUAAGUGAAACAGCCAGAAUUCAAAUCCAGAGAUGUCCAAAGCAAAGCUUAUGUUCCUUCCCCUGUCCUUUGCUUCCUUGGCCUAUAGAAGGACCUUGAAGUCAGGGGCCCGAGGAGUCCUGGCCCUGUGAAGUAGGGUUAUAUUCCUAGACUUGAGGGAACUUGUCUAAAUCCUUGACUGCUGACCUGCCCAGGCUGAAGUCAGUCCUACUGAUUAGCAGUUGAGCAGGAAGUAAUAUGCCUCCAGCAGUUAUUAUCUUGAUUCCAGUUUUCAUUUACCUUCUUGCAUAUUUGAGCCAGGGCUCGAUGAUAUGGCUGUGAGGUUUGGGAUUAGCGCUCCAUUGGGGCCACCUGAAGUCAUGGGUCACUGGACUGCUCAUAGAUCUCUUCUGUUCUUGUUGCCCUUUUCUUAGUUCAGAUCCCUGUGACCUUUGACCUCGACCAUUAUAGAAGGUGCCUCCCUGGUAUCCUGUGUCUGAAUGGGGCUGGCUGGGAUCUCCACCAUGGGGAUGGCCAGGGAAGUGGUUAAGCAGCAAGAGGACUGGGGAUAUUGACUAGAGGCACCCUGUGAAGGGAUCCUGCUGCCCAAAGCACCGUGGCCAAGGGGUAUGGCAAGGUCAUAUAGGCAGGUCACCAUUCCAAAAAAGGAGGGCCAGUGUGUCAAUAGGGGAAGACCCGGACAACAAAUGGCUUUGGUGUCUUGGGGGGGCCGGGGGAGGGGUGGAGAGGAAGGAAGGGAGGAAGGGAAGGGUCCUUGUGGCUGGAGCUCAGAGAAUGAGUAGAAGUCGUUUGAGACGAGGCUGGAGGUCAGCGUUGGCAUCUUUAUCACAUUAAGUACUUCGGGACUGUAUCCUUAAUUUCCUGGAAGCCAGGGAUUCUGGGGAGAGUGAUAAGAUUGGAUUUGUUUAUAUCCAAGAUCACUUGACUGCAGAGAACCUGAGAGUAACGAAUCCAACUGGGGCUGCUACAGUUUCACAGCGACGGGGCUAGAGUGGUUUGGUGUAUAACGGCGGGAGCGGACGGGACAGAAAUUCAGGUGGAGGAGGAAAGGGACUUCCCAGCAACAGAAGAACACCGGCAGAGCGGAGGUGGGGGAGUGGCCUGCCCAUGGGAUAUGCAAGUUCUGGACAUGGUUGCUGUCAUACCAUACCUACACAUAAAAUUCCAUAAUCCUUUUUCCAUUAGUGUUGUCGGAUCGCUUUCCAUGUUGCCACACAGUCUUCAUAACCAUUGUUUUUUAAGAUUGACUGCCUUCUCAUAGCUCUGUCAUUGCCCAAUUUGGGGGUAAUUGAUUCCUAUUUGGAGCUAAAAUAAUUAAUGUUUUAGGUUAUAUACUGUUAUAUAAUUAUAUACAACUGUUUUAGAUUAUAUAGUUCCCUCAGUCUCACCCAUACAGCUUCCCCCACCCCACCCCACCCCACCUCCUGCCCUCUCUUCCCCACCCCCACCAUGCCAUAUUUUUGUAUCUUGGGGUUAUUUCUUUAGGGACAGAUUCCCGCAAGUCAGAUUACUGGGAAUUUAGGAGUUUUUUUUUUUUUUGUGAAGGUCUUUUUAGAU